UGUUUGUACUCUUUCCGGUAGCUACACAGGUCAUAGAAGCGUCGACAUUUUGUUAGCUUCUUAGCAAAAUAAACGGAGGGCAGUCGUAGGGCAACUUAGUUGUCUUUAUUCUCUGUCCCCUGGUUACCACAGACUUUAAACAUGUGGUACGAAAUUCUGCCCGGCUUCGCCAUAAUGACAGCGUGUUUAAUCAUUCCUGGUGUCGCCACCGCGCAGAUACACAAGUUUACCAACGGAGGAAAGGAGAAGAGAAUCGCUCGGUUUCCGUGGCAGUGGUAUCUGAUGGAGAGAGACAAGCGGGUGUCAGGAACAGGACAGUACUUUGACUCCAAGGGACUCGAGAACAUCCACUGAUUUCAAGCAGUAUGAAGACUCAAGGAGUUUCUAUGUUGUACACCAGAAGAUUAUAUUUAACACUCAGCUGUUUGUUUUUGCAGCCUCUUAAGGCAGGUGUGUCCCUGUUGUCAAUAAAACUGUUCCGUACAGAAAA